AUGGGAGGAUGGGAUCUUCCCCAGUCCAAGUGGCAUAAUCCCUACCGGAGGACUAAUGAUGCCGAAGACAUUGUUGGCAAGUAUGAGAAGUAUAUAAUGUCCAAUCAAUCUUUGUUGAAGGACUUGCCAGAGUUGUUUGGAAAGAGAUUGGGAUGUUGGUGCAAGGACAAAAGCAAGAAUAGUACAUGUCAUGGUGAUAUUCUAGCAAAGCUUGCUAAUGAGUUAUGGUCAAAGACCAACUCAUUGACUGUCGCCACUUCUAAUGAUGAAGAUGAUGGUGAAGAAUAA